CGGCAGCUUUAGCGAAACUGCGUGAACAGAUGAAGGGUCGGUCAUCUUUGGUCCAAAUCUCAUUUGGACCGUUGGGGUCACCAAUGUAGCGAUGUACUACAUACAAAGCUAGAGACAACGACACGCAGUCGGUAAUGGUGUUCGUUUCAGCACAGCCCAUGCCAACCAAACUGUGUCUAAAGUUCUCAAGUGGAUUGACCUGUACAAUUAGGAUGGGUGUCCUCGCCCUGAACUAGAGCGAGAGCCAAUAUCCUUAAGGAGAAGUUAUUUGAAACACUGCAGGAUUGCAAUGAUUCAAGGCGGCAGCUCAUCACCACCUUCUCAAGGGCAACUAGGAAUGGGCAAUAAAUGCUGGCUUACAGGGGUUGUACUGAGAGCAUACUGAGCAGCUGCAUUACUGCCUGGUUCGGAAAUUGCACCACCUCGGAUCGCAAGACCCUGCAGCGGAUAGUGAGGUCAGCUGAGAAGAUCAUCGGGGUCUCUCUUCCCGCCAUCACGGACAUUUACACUACACGCUGCAUCCGCAAAGCAAACAGCAUUAUGAAGGACCCCACGCACCCCUCAUACAAACUCUUCUCCCUCCUGCCAUCUGGGAAAAGGCAUUGAAGCAUUCGGGCUCUCACGACCAGACUAUGUAACAGUUUCUUCCCCCAAACCAUCAGACUCCUCAAUACCCAGAGCCGGGACAGACACCUAACUGCCCUAUUGUCUUGUUUAUUAUCUAUUGUAAUGCCUGUAAUGUCUUGUGCAUUUUACGCAGUCCUGGGUAGGUCUGUAGUCUAGUGCAGUUGUUUUUUCCUCUGUGUUAUUUUUUUUUUUACGUAGUUCAGUCUAGUUUUUGUACUAUGUCAUCUAACACUAUGGUCCUGAAAAAUGUUGUCUCAUUUUUACUAUGUACUGUGCAUAGCAGUUAUGGUUGAAAUGACAAUAAAAGUGACUUGACUUGAGGUGACGAUGCCCAUAUCCCAUAAAUAAAUACAUUUUUAAAAAAAUGUUAGUUGGGAGGGCUGAAACUGAGGAUGGAACCCUUAACAGUAGAAUAGCAAAUGGAGAGACAGAAUCAUAUGUAUUAAGUAGUAGCUGAGCAGCUAAGAGACAGACAGUUAGGGAAAAGUAACAGGACGGAGGUUCUAGUGGAUUUACAUAGUCACAGGUGAGAAUGUGGAUCAGCACAUAACACUGCAGCCAUACAAAACAGUGCUCAAACCACCCUUGGAGUACUGUACACAUCUCCAGUUGUCACACUACAAGAUGAUGGUAGCAUUUGAAAGGGUGAAGAGACUCACCAAGCCACGUGGGAUGAGUGUGUCUCCACAAAAUCAUUAGGAGUCUUCCCCAGCCAGAAGCCUUGGAUGAACCCAGGGCUUUGUGAACUGCUGAGAGCUGGAUUGGUGGGGCUGUUGAUCUGGAAAAGGGCAAGAGGUCUGGGUAUGACCUCCAAAAAGGAUGCCACGUGCAAAGUAGCAAUUCCAGACUAAAUGGCAAAAGGAUGCUCAACUACUGUGGCAGGACUUGAAUGUUGCCAUCUCCUACAUGGCAAAACCCAGCAAUAUAAAAGGCUAUGGGGUCUCACUUCUAGAUGAACCCAAUGCCUUUUAUGCUUACUUUUAUCAAAAAGUGCACCACUGAGAGGGUCCAGAUGUUGUAUCUCAAUCUGGUUUGGGAGUAGUUGAACAUCAGACCAGAAGUCCUUAGAAACGACUGUGAGAUCAGCUGAGGGGAUCAAGGGGUCUCCCUACCAUCCACUGGAGACAUUUAUCAGGAGUGCCGUGUAUGCAGGAACCUCAGUAUUAUUAAGGAUCCCACCUGACCACCAAGCAGCCCCUUUGACUUUCUACCAUUAGACCAGAGGCUCCGAUGCAUAAAAGCAAGAUGGUCAGGAUGAGAAACAGUUUCUUCCCCCAGGUCAUGGGCUUCUGAAUUGCCUACCACAUUGUAUUUGAAGUGUCACUGAUUUAUCUGUUCCACACUUCACAAUAUUUAAUAUUAAAUCAAUUUAGUUUAUUAUGCGUGAUUCAUCUGUAGAUUUUAUCCUUACCUUCGUAAGUUAUCGUGUGUUAUGUGUACGACUGUGCCUUACACCCUGGUUUAGAGAAAUGUUGUCUCAUUUCUAUAUAACAUUAUAUGGUUAUAUACAUGUAUAUAGUUAAAUGACAAUAUAAAUUUGACUUGAGAACAUGGAAGCAGCAUCAUGAACCCCCACAACGCUCGAUAUUUCUGUGAUUUCAGUCUGAGGCCAAAAUGAGAGCAUCAUUUAGGAGGGUGAAUCCACCCAACGCAUCUGGCACAGACAACGUACCUGGCCUAAUACUGAAGACUUGCCUGUAAUCUCUCCACCCAUGCACAUCUUCAACCUUUCACUUUGGCAGUCUGAGGUACCCAACUGUUUCAAACAGGCUUCAAUCAUACCAGUGUCCAGGAAAAUGAGGUAACCUGUAAUGACUAUUGUCUGGUAGCACACAUGUCCAUUGUGAUGAAAUGCUUUGAGGUUAGUCAAGAAGCACAUCAACUCCUGCCUGAGGAGUGACAUGGAUCUACUGCUACCGAAACAAUAGCUCAGCAGCAGACACCAUUUCAUUGGCUCUUCACUCAGUUCUGGAAAACCUGGACAAUGAAAAUGAGUACAUCAGAAUGCUCUUCAUUGACUAUAGCUCAGCAUUCAAUACUACCUUCCCCUCAAGUCUCACCACUGAGCUCCAAGACCUGAGCCUCAAUGCCCCUCUGUGCAAAUGUAUCCUCAAUUUCCUCACUUGCUGAUCCUAGGUUAGUGCAGAUUGCAACAAGAUCUCCUCCACACUCAGCAUCAGCAAAUGUGCACCGCAGGGCAAUGUGCUUAGCCCCCUUGCUCUGCUCACUUUAAACUUAUAACUGUUUGGCCCAGUACAGCUCCUAUGCUAUGUUUCAGUUUGCUGACAACACCACUGUUGUUGGCCGAAUCAAAGGUGGCGACUCUUCAGCAUGAGGGAGAUUGAAUACCCGGAUAAACGGUGCCACAACAACAUCUCACUCACCAUCAGCAAAAGCUGAACCUUGAUACCUCCCUAUGCAAAUAUAUCCUCAAAUUCCUCUAGAACAAACCCCAAUUUAGGAACAGUUAUUACCCAACAAGCAUCACGGGCUCCAGAUGGUGUGAAUGACUUCAUCCAUCACUACUCUGAACUGAUUUUAGGAUCUGCAAAGACUCUUUACGACGCAUAUUCUCAGUAAUUUUUUUAUUUGCAUGGUUUGUCUUCUUUUGCACAUUGAUUCUUUGUCAAUCUUUAACUUUUUUUUAUAUAAAAUUCUUUCAUUUUCUCCCCCAGUAAAUGCUUACAAGAAAAUGAAUUUCUAAUAUAUGGUAAUUUACUCAGGAUGAGACCCCAAGUGUACCUUCCUCAUCAACAAACAAAAUGCUAGAUUAUCUCAGUGGGUCAGGCAGCAUCAAUGGAAAGGAAUAAGCCGACACUGUUUCGAACUGAGACUCUUCAUCAGGACUGGAAAAAAGAUGAGAAGUCAGAGUGAGAAGGUGUGGAAAGGGAAGGAAGUGCAAUGUAAUAGGUGAGAGGUGUGGUGAACUACAUUUACCUGUCUGGACACGCCCCCUGCUGACUGCUCCUGUGGCUCCUCCCACAGACCCCUGUAUAAAGGCAAUUGGAGGCACUGCUCCUCCCCCAGUCUCCGAGAUGCUGUGCUCCUUUUUGCUGCUAAUAAAAGCCUAUCGUUCGCCUCCCGUCUCCAAGAGUUACUGAUGGUGCAUCAAUUUUAUUAGCAGCAAUUUUAAAACAUGGAGGGCAUUUUACGACCCAACGGAUUGGAUAUUGACCCUCAAUCUCUGGAAGCCAGCAUCACUUUUGAACUCUGGCUUGCAUGCUUCCAAUCGUACCUGGAGGAGAUUCGUGAGACCAAGCCUGCCUCAAUGCACAAAAUUCUCCUCUCUAAGGUCAGUCAGGGGACUGACGGCAGAACAGCACACGGGGCUGCUAAUAAAAUUGAAGUGAAACCAGGAGGGGGAGGGGUCUACCAAUCUGAUGGCAUGAACAUUGAUUUCUCAAACUACCAGUGAUCUUCACCCCUUCACCAUUCCCAUUCCUGUAUCCAUCUCUCACCUUUUUCCUUACCCGCCCAUGACCUCCCUCCGGUGCUCUUCCUUGGUAUUCUAUGCUCUAUCAGAUUUCCCCUCCUCCAGCCCCUUAUCUCUUUCACUAAUCAAUUUCUCAGCUCUUUAUUUGAACUCCCAGUUUCACUUUGUACUUCUUCCACCCUUCCCCCACCUUCUUACUCCGACUUCUCAUCUUUUUUUUACCCCAGUCAAGAUAAAGAGACUCAGCCCAAAAUGUCAACUGUUUAUUCCUUUCCAUAGAUGUUGCCUGACCUGCUGAGUUCCCCUGGCAUUUUAUGUUUGUUGCCUUGGAUUUCCAUCAGAUUUUCUCAUGUUUAUGAUUCUACCAUCCCCUCACCCAUCGCCUUCUAAGCCUGUAUUUCUUCUCCCUCCCCCCCAAAUUUCUUCAUCUUGCUUCUUCCGCCUUCCAAGUCCUGAUGAAGGGUCACAGCCUAAAACAUCAGCUCUUUAUUCUUCUCCAUAGAUGUUAAAUAAAUAGAUACUUUAUUGAUCCCAAAUGAAAUUAGUCUCAAAGUAGCAUUACAAGUGCACAGAUACAAAUAUUAGAAGAAACUAAGAAUAAAUAAAAAUUAAGUUACCUUCAACAGUCAUAACAGAAGGGGUCAUCACUUCCCCGGCUAUAGGUUGACUCGUUGUAGAGCCUUAGAGCUGAGGGAAAGAAUGACCUUAUAAAGCACUCUUUAGAGCAGUGCAGUUGUCCAAGUCUAUCACUGCAAGUGCUCCUCUGUUCAGAAAAAGUGGCACGCAGAGGGUGAGGAACAUUAUCCAAAAUUGCCACAAUUUUCUGUAGGGUCCUUUGUUCUACCACAGCUUUCAGUGUGCCCAGUUUGACUCCUAAAUAGAACCAGCCUUUCUAAUGUUGCCUGAUCAGCUGAAUUCCUCCAGCAUUUUGUGUGCAUUUCUCUUGAUAGUCUGAGAGUCUUCCCCAUGGUACAUGAGUCUAAGACUCGAGGGCAUAAGUUUAGUGACAGGGGAGAAGUUUAAAGGAGAUUGCAGGAGAAAGAUUUUACACACAAAGGGUGGUGGUUAUGCAGAAUGAGCCGCCAUCGGAAAUGGUAGAAUCAGAUACAGUCAAAGUUAAAAGGCAUUUGGAUGGAUACUUGAAUAGGACUUGAAUCUGAUAGUAGAGGGUUGACAUGGAUGAGUUGGGCUGAAUGGGCCAGUUUCUCUGCUGUACAGCUCCACAACUUAUUAAUCUCUUCCAAGCCAUUAGGUAUUGUUAAACUCUGUGCAUCAAGCCCCUUUUUCCUGCAAUAUUUAUUAUAAAUCUUUGUACUCAUGAUUCACAUAAUCUUGGACAAUAUGGAAUCCAGGGCAUACAGAAGAAAAAAACAUCUAUGUGUCCUAUGCUUCACCAGCUGUCAGUGUAAUCACUUUUAGCUACUAGGCUACUUCUAUCCAGUUUCCUUCAAAUCACUUAUCUAUUUUAAGUGUUGACAUGGUGUCCGAUCAAAUUAUUCACUAGUGGUGCUAAAUUUACCUUGCUAGCUAACAGUAAUCUCUUACAGAUAUGACCCAAGCUUCCAUCCAUAUCAAGAGCUUGUUCACAUUUCUCCUGUCUCUUCUCUUAAAACGUCUAUCAUUUCCCUUCAUAAAUACUCCUAUCAUGUUGAAUACAAUCCCUUUCAUUCCAAGAAACUGCUAAGCAAAGGAACGAGAAAGGAUUUACACAAAAUGUGAAAACCUGGGCUGCUGCACGGAUGAGAUGGUGGAAGUACAGUGCAUUCCGUUCCACAGUCAGAACCGUGACGGCCUCAUGGGGUUCAUUGUAAUGCAACAGUCGGCCAGGAAGUGUGCCAAGCAGUAAAAUCCCUUUCACUCUGCAAUUUCUUUCCACUGGGCAUGUGAUUACAAUGUUUCCCCAAACAAGCCCUGUAUCAAGUACUUUCCCUAUGCAGGUAUAAAUGUCAACAAGCUUAUCUCGUAGAUGUCCCUUGUAGCUGACUGAAAAGAUCCUUGACAAAAGAAGCCACUUCAUGCUGUGGUGACCUUCACAGUUACAGGAACUACCAAGCCCAGUCUGCACAUCGGCUGUCUCUGGCAGAGCAGUGGUAAACAUAGUUAAUCUGAUAUUCCCCAGUUGAAAGCGCGCACGUUUUAGAGGCAUAGACAGGGCAGACAUGAAACUAGGUUUUUCUCCCUUCAUGCCAGAAGUGCUCAAGACUAGUGGGACACAGACACAGACACACACACUCUCUGUGAGGAGUAAGAGAUGCACAGCAAAUUCAAGGAAGAAUCUUUUUCUCACCCAGGAGUUUGAAAACAAACACUGGCUGAAGGUGGAGGCAGCAGGUACACACAGAACACUUAAGCAGCACCUGGAUGAGCACUUGAAUUACCAAGGCAUAGUAUUUUAUGUGGCUUAAUAUAGAUGGAUCCCUGAUGUUGGCAUAGAUAUGAUGGGCCAAAGGGACUUUUGCUAUGCUGCAUGUACAGAAAACUGAUAAACAUUAUAGCUUACUCCCACUGUUCUAUCACAAAUACUCGUGAAAAUACAAUUACUUUAUUAUAGUGAGUACACACAAUAUGCUAUGCACGUAAAGUACACACAUCAAUGUCAUCCCAAACCAGUAUACGUGCAAACGCAAUACAUGGAACUGAGUGCAAUUGGUGCUUUUAUAGCCUCUCUAAAAACUGUCUUGACCUGCAGCAUCCAUCCCACCUAAGUAUGCUUGAACAAGUUAGAAAACGUUUCAGUUUACUGAAACUUUUUUUAGGCAAUAUUUUAAUAGACUUAAAUUAUGAAUUGAAAUAACAAAUAUAGGCAUUUUUUUUAAAUGGCGCAUGAUAGGGAAAUUUCAUUCUGAUUUCCAUGAUCAGCAGCCCAAAAUCCAGAAAGUACAGCCAAAAAUAUUCAGGAGGCCAAAUCUUUAUUGUCCAGUGCCAAGAUAAAAAUGAUGAGAACAUAGAAUACACCCCAAUUCCAUGUAAAAAAAACCUUAGCUCUGACAACCCCACUAUAUUUCCCUCCAAUCAUCUUAAAAUGAUGCCCUCUCUAGUGUUAUUUCCCUCGAUGCGGAGAAAGCAUUUGAUCGUAUAGAGUGGAACUACCUUUUUGCAGUUUUAGAAAAGUUUGACCUUGGCCAAAGUUUCAUCUCUUGGAUCCAAUUGCUGUACCUGUGUCCUACUGCCUCUGUUUUAACCAAUUUUCAGAAAUCCCAAGUAUUUAAUCUCAAACGUGGCACCCGCCAGGGAUGCCCCUUAAGUCCCUUUCUCUUUGAUUUGGCUAUGGAACCUCUGGUGAUAGCAUUUCGAAACUGCCCUGAAUUGACUGGGAUUUGGAGAGGGGGUGUUGAGCAUAAAGUUUCUCUCUAUGCUGAUGACUUAUUACUCUUUCUCUCAAAUCCGUCUACAUCCUUACCUCUAAUGUUUUCACUUCUUGACCAGUUUAGCCAGAUCUCUGGCUAUAAACUUAAUUUACAUAAGAGUGAACUUCUCCCAAUUAAUAAAGAAGCACAAGAACUAACAUUUCAUGAUCUCCCUUUUAAAGUAGUCCAUAAUCAAUUUACUUAUCUUGGAAUUACAGUCACAAGGAAGUUUAAAGAUCUCUUUCGUGAAAACUUUGCCAAUCUUUCAUAUGCUAUAAAACAGAGUCUGGUACAAUGGUCACCUCUAUCUAUGUCUUUGGUAGGUCGUAUUAAUGUUGUUAAAAUGUAUGUUCUCCCCAAAUUUUUAUACCUAUUUCAAUCUAUCCCAAUUUUUAUUCCUAAAUCUUUUUUUGAUUCCUUAGACUCUAUUAUUUUGUCAUAUCUGUGGCAGAAUAAGCGCUCUAGAAUUAAUAAAAUCCAUCUCCAAAAAUCUAAAAAAAAGAGGGUGGCAUGGCUUUACCUAACUUUCGUUUAUAUUAUUGGGCAGCUAAUAUACGUUGUGCUACCUUUUGGUCUUUCUUCCAUGGCCAACCCGAGUUCCCUAACUGGGUGGCGAUGGAGCUGAGCUCCACUAAAGAAUUAUCUAUCUCUGCACUUCUUGGCUCUGCACUCCCUAGUAGUCUGCCCAGAUCAAUAGCUAAUCCUCUUGUUAGACACAUGGCUCAGAUCAGGAAAUGCUAUGGUUUCCAGGGUUUUUCCGUUUCCAGCCCUAUUGCUCAUAAUCACCUUUUUUUUUUACCUACUACAUAUGAUUCAGCAUUCCAGGCUUGGUAUAGGAAGGGCAUUAGACAUUUUGAAGAUCUUUUCAUUGAUAAUCGCUUCGCUUCUUUUCAGCAGCUCUCUGUUAAGUUCAAUCUGCCCAAUGCUCAUUUUUUCAGAUAUCUCCAAAUCCGACACUUUAUUGCUCCUUUAAUUCCUAACUUCCUUGAAAUGCCUGCGAAAAAUGCUACGGACCUAUUUCUUUCCAUGAAUCCACUAGGUAAAGGCUUAAUAUCAAUCAUCCGAGAUAAACUAGCAGCCUUACGAUGGGCCCCCAUGGAUAAAAUCAAAAUGGCCUGGGAGCAGGAUUUAAAUAUCUCCUUAUCUGAGGAGAGCAGAGAUUCAGGUCUCAAAUCGGUUAACUCAACCUCUCUUUGUGCUCGCCACUGCCUUUUACAGUUUAAGAUUAUUUAUAGAGCCCAUUUGUCUAAAUCUAAACUAUCUCGAUUCUACCCUAGCGUUAGUACGCUCUGUGAUAAAUGCAAGAGGGGCGUGGCCUCUCUCAUCCAUAUGUACUGGUUCUGUCCUAGCUUGGAGAAAUUCUGGAAAGAAGUCUUCACUACGUUAUCGUGUAUUCUGAAUCAGCACCUAGAACCAAACCCCUUAAUUGCUCUGUUCGGUUUUUGAUUUAUGUCUGGGUCCGACCAAAUGCCAAAUAUUAUCCUUUGCCUCUCUCCUGGCUAGACGCUUGAUCCUCCUCAGAUGGAGAGAUGUCGCCCCGCCCACUCAUGCUCAAUGGCUUAACGACAUCAUGGCCUGCUUGGACCUCGAAAAAAUUCAUUAUUCAGUUCUCAAUUCGGAUCUAAAGUUCCAUAAGGUCUGGGGACCUUUUAUCGAGUACUUUCAUAACCUUCCUCUUGACUAGGGUUUUUUUUCCUUUCGGUCCCUUGCUUUCAGCUCCUUUUUUUUCUGGUAGAAGGCAUUAUUACCCUCUGUUGCUGAGUGUAUUCACAGUCUGGGAGUUUGGCUGUCCUGACUUAUACUCUCUAUAUUGUGUUGUGGUUGGUCUGGAGUUACUGUUGUUUUUUCUUGUGUUGUGGGGCUUGGGGAGGACACUAAGCUUACUUGUCUUUAAUUCAGGUGCUUUUUUUUGCUAAAUUCUCUUCCUUUGUAGUAUAUUGUUAUUGUAUGCUUAAUUUUGCACUGUUUUAAUGUUCCUCAUUGGGAUUUGGGGUUUUUAAUUUGUAAAAUGUUUUGAAAAACUAAUUAAAAAAAAUUUUUUUAAAAAUGAUGCCCUCUCAUAUUAGCCAUCUCUGCUCUGGGAAAAGGGGUUGGCUGUCUACACUAUUAAUUGUCUUAUCAUUUUAUACACCUAUCAUGUUACCUCUCACCCUCCUUUGCUCCAAAGAGAAAAGCCCUAAGCUCACGCAACUUUUUUUUUUU